AUGCCGUCCGAUGCGACUCCAGGCUCACCGGCGGGCUCCAGCUCAGCUCUGCCUCCAUUUUACUCACCAAAGACAGAGCCUGCCGAUGCAUCAACUUCUGCGCGCACUCUCGAGCAGUCCAUAGACUCACUAUCUCUCUCCCCCGCUCCCUCCACUCCCGCCUCCGCUCCCGUCUCCGCCCAUCCCGAUCCCGAGACCCCGAUCGGCCUAGAACCCCCGCCAUCACUGCUCUCUCCCUCCUUCACGCCCCCUUCUACACCCGGUACUUCUACGCCGACGACAGCUGGCCUUCGCGGUGUUCCUGUCGACAGCUCCAUCCCCUCCGGAGGAUGCGGAUCAAAGAGACCAAAGCUACUCCCGACUCUCCCGGAGGUUGAGUGUAUUGUUCGUGCCCGUAUCCCCACGGUUGCAGGAACGGAGAUGUUCUUGCACCUGUACACCAAUAAUGUGGACAACAAGGAACACCUCGCCAUCGUGUUUGGUAACAAUAUCCGAAGCAAGAGUCUAGAUGCUGUCCGGGAGGGUGAGACGGAGAUGGACCGCAUGGUGCGCGGCGCAUACACGGGCAGGUUGUUCCCCGGUCGCACAACCAGUGGUAUCGGACCAGCGACCCCUCAGGAGGAGCAGCCACCGCAGCCGUCGGAUCAGCCUCCUCUGGUGAGGAUUCAUUCCGAGUGCUACACAGGUGAGACAGCGUGGUCAGCGCGAUGCGACUGCGGCGAGCAGCUUGAUGAAGCAGCGCGCCUCAUGAGCCUGCCAGGCAACAAGGCCGGCGGUAUCAUCAUCUACCUGCGACAAGAGGGUCGUGGUAUUGGUUUGGGAGAGAAGCUCAAGGCGUACAAUCUUCAGGAUCUUGGGUCUGAUACCGUCGAAGCGAAUUUGUUGCUACGCCAUCCUGCCGACGCUCGAAGCUAUGGUCUUGCUACGGCCAUGCUGCUAGAUCUCGGUCAUCCAGAGGUUCGAUUGUUGACCAACAAUCCCGAUAAAAUUCGCGCGGUCGAGGGUCCCAAUAGAGAGGUUGUUGUCAAGGAGCGAGUAGCCAUGGUGCCUUUGUCAUGGAAGGGCCGUGGAGGUUUCAGAAGUCAGGAGGUGGAGGGUUAUCUCAAGACCAAGAUUGAGAAGAUGGGACACAUGUUGGAUAUGGCAUCAGUGCCACGAUAG